AUCCAACCACCGCACUCUUCCAUUUAUAUUUCUUAUAUAAUCCCUUCAAAGGGAUGGGAAUCAUCUAUCGAAUAGUCAAGGUUAGAGGAACAUAUUAUUUGUUUUCCAAAAUCUAGAGGCCGAGCAACAGAUUUCAGCAUGGCGGGACCCACGCGAGGCGGAUCAGGGUUGAUGGGUCGGAUUUAUAUGAUCAAGACCCAUGUCAUCCCCUAUGAAGACCACAAGAACUCUCGAGCACUGAUGGUUUUUCAAGGCAGGGAAAGCUGUCCACUCCCGCCUCUCUACAGUGUCGCUAUUUACUUCACUCACCCCAACGCGUCGCCUGAAACUGUAAGCCCUGAGGAGUUGCUAGAUGCCAUACAGCGCGACACCCCUCUCGAAUCACGUCGCAUUCGACUGGAUCUAUUCUUCUUACCCUCAGCUACAAGCACUGAGCAAGAACGAUGUAUUACACACUACCGAGCUGAGAAACUCGCUCGAGGAGACUACACGCGGCAAAUCCCAGAUCUUGAGAAUCCAGAAGAAAUAGUACGGAGCGGCGAAGGCUUGGGCCUGCCCGGAUUCGUACCAAGUUACAUGAAUGAUCCUAGCUGCGACUUUUAUCAUGGACUCCUCUACAUAUGUCGGGACCGAAAUUGGCGCCAGGGUAGCCAGAUGAUGGAUCAAGUCCUCUUUGACCCCAUAGACCAGGAGCGAUAUGCCGAGCUGGUUGAGGGGUUGGACGAACCGGAGACUCUGGCUCCUUCCUAUAGAUGCCAGCAAAUGAUUCAGAGAAGCAAGGGGGAUGAUUCCCUUACACGGCUAGAUUUGGUUGGUUUGAGUAUUUUCGAAAUAGCAAACCUAAAGAUGGAGAAUGUGACAACACCAGCGUGGGAGGAAGCUGUAUCACGGGGUUGGAAUUCUUGGUAAAUAGACACAGGACGUAGUAAUAGUUUUCAUGAAGGCAAUUGAAAAGGCUUAGGAACACGAAAAAAAGGAAACGUUCAUAAAUG